AUGGGCCAUGAGCUCCACGACAAGGAUUAUCCUAGCGUCUCCACAACGGGCAACGGAGCCUGGACGCCGGCUGGCAUCCCGCAAUCUAGCGCCCAAUUGCAGCGUCCGCCUCACCGCUUCCCCGCCGAGACGAAGUGUCGAUCACUCUGA